AGUAUUGGUAAUACCUAAUCUAUUGCUGACUUCCGGUGGUGUUAAUUAAUAUCGCUGCGAGAGUUUGAGGCAUGACAAGCGAGUGUGGUGCUUCUGCUGCACAGAGAGAGAGAGAGAGACUGGGGUCGCGAGCCUGGCCGGGGCCAUAAUGAGGUAACCGUAGCGAGGAGGGUGGGCGGCGGGCGGUUGGACAGGAACAAUUUCUUUUUCAUCCUUUGUAUUGGGAGGAUGUCGUUCGUUACCCUAUUAUCCUGCUUUAUUAUUCAUUCUUGCCAUUGUACGAGGGACCGAAAUGCGACUUUCAUAUGGCCCAUGCUGAGAAAUCGGCGAGGUACCUCGAUCAUUGGAUGCGGCGGUGGAUCGGAGGUGGACUCGAUGCUGAUAUCGGGAACCGGCCUGGCAUUAUUAUUGUACGUAUUCCUGCUGGAGGACCUUCGUGCCUGCGAGGCUGCGGCCAAGUCACUGGCAGCGAACUCACGGGGCGAGGGCUGCUCAGGCAGCUGUCAUGGCCGUCGUCGGCUCGUCAGUCGUCACCGCUGCAUCCAUGAGAUCGCAGCAGCAGCAGCAGCAGGAUUGGGAGAUCGCGGCGUCUGGCGGUGCAACACUGCAUGACUGCAGGCCUUGCUGGUACGCAGCAAUUACGGCUAGUAAGAUGCUAAAGGAACUUGAAGAGAACUUGUCGAGUCUCCACUGCCCUUU